AUGGCCGAGCGAGUGGUAGGAACUGGUUCAUUUGGGAUUGUCUUCCAGGCUAAGUGCUUGGAGACUGGAGAGACUGUGGCCAUCAAGAAGGUGCUGCAAGACCGCCGUUACAAGAACCGUGAGCUGCAGCUUAUGCGCUCCAUGGACCAUCCCAAUGUUGUCUCUCUGAAGCACUGCUUCUUCUCCACCACAAGCAGGGAUGAACUCUUCCUGAACCUUGUCAUGGAGUAUGUCCCUGAGACUCUAUACCGUGUGCUCAAGCACUACAGCAAUGCCAACCAGCGGAUGCCGCUUAUCUAUGUCAAGCUCUACAUGUAUCAGCUUUUUAGAGGGUUAGCUUAUGUUCACACUGUUCCAGGAGUUUGCCACAGGGAUGUGAAACCACAAAAUGUUUUGGUUGAUCCUCUAACCCAUCAAGUCAAGAUCUGUGACUUUGGAAGCGCAAAAGUUCUGUUCUUACCACAUGUAUUGACCAUUGCCCUCUUCUUGUUUCAGGUACCUGGUGAACCCAAUAUAGCAUACAUUUGCUCUCGCUACUAUCGUGCUCCUGAGCUCAUAUUUGGUGCAACUGAAUAUACAACCUCAAUAGACAUAUGGUCAGCUGGAUGUGUUCUUGCAGAGUUACUUCUUGGUCAGCCUCUGUUUCCAGGAGAGACUGCGGUUGAUCAGCUAGUUGAGAUUAUCAAGGUUCUUGGUACUCCAACCCGUGAGGAAAUUCGAUGUAUGAACCCCAACUAUACCGAGUUCAGGUUUCCUCAGAUAAAGGCUCAUCCUUGGCACAAGAUUUUCCACAAGAGAAUGCCCGCUGAAGCUAUAGAUCUUGCCUCCCGCCUUCUCCAGUAUUCACCAAAUCUACGUUGCACUGCUCUUGAUGCAUGUGCACAUUCCUUCUUUGAUGAGCUACGUGAGCCGAAUGCACGCUUGCCAAAUGGCCGCCCAUUCCCUCCUCUGUUCAACUUCAAACCUGAACUAGCGAACGCCUCUCCAGAGCUCAUCAACAGGCUUGUUCCGGAACAUGUUCGACGGCAAAAUGGCCUCAACUUCGCCCAUGCUGGGAGCUAG